UCCGAGGGAGCAGGGAGCAGGGAGCAGGGAGAGAGCGCCGGUCUGGGCAGAGGCAGAGCCCAGCGGGGACCCCAGGUUCGGCUCGCCUUGGGGACAGUGUGGGCAGGGAGCCAGCCUCCCCUGACCCUCACCCACCUUCCGCUUUGGGCCCUGACCCUCCCUCCUGGAGGCUACCCGUGCCACCCACUCCAGGAGAACAAACUUUCUUAGGGGAACCGCCUCUCCUGCCGCGCUGGCUGGACAGGGAGGAGCAGACCCCCGGACGGACGGACUGACGGACGGACAGACGGUCGGGACACCUGAGCCUCUCCCCCGAGUCCCGCCUCUGACGGGCAGCAGCAGAGUGGGCGGCUGAGGGGCAGCCCGGGGCCCGCCGGCCCUUCGCCCCGCAGUGAGCCACCCUGAGUGCAGCGCAGACGCCGCCCACCGCCCCGCACCGCGCCUGGAAGGCCGUGGGUCCGGACAGAGUCCCGGUCACACGGAGCCAGGGCUCCUCCACCCGCCAAGGCGACGGGCAACCUGAGCGCGAAGGCACAGGUGGCGGGCUGGCGGGCGCGGGGCCCCGAGGCCAGCAGGCUGCUGACCCUGGAGCGCUCUGGCUCGGGGACCCCGGCCCCGGCCGCGGAGGAUGCCGCCGAGCCGGCCGCCCGCCGCCCCUGCCCCGUCCUGGAGCUGCCGCCCCCCUGGCCCCUGGGCUGCGGGCCGGAGGAGGCGCCCGCCUUCUGCUUCAUCUGCUUCCACAGGGAGGAGGAGGAGGAGCUGCUGGAAGAGGUGCCGCUGCAGAGGGAGAAGAUGAGCGUGGGCUGCCCAGAGCCCGAGCCGCCCCGCUCCCUGCCCUGCUGCGGGCCAGGGACGGCCCUUGGGCUGGGGACAGGCGUGCCCCUCCUCACUGAAGACAUGCAGGCCCUGACCCUCCGCACCCUGGCCGCUAGCGACGUCACCAAGCACUACGAGCUGGUGCGGGAGCUGGGCAAAGGCACCUACGGGAAGGUGGACCUGGUGGCCUACAAGGGCACAGGCACGAAAAUGGCGCUGAAAUUUGUGAACAAGAGCAAGACCAAGCUGAAGAACUUCCUGCGGGAGGUGAGCAUCACCAACAGCCUCUCCUCCAGCCCCUUCAUCAUCAAGGUCUUUGACGUUGUGUUUGAGACGGAGGACUGCUACGUCUUCGCCCAGGAGUACGCGCCGGCGGGGGACCUCUUCGACAUCAUUCCUCCGCAGGUGGGGCUCCCCGAGGACACGGUGAAGCGCUGCGUGCAGCAGCUGGGCCUGGCGCUGGACUUCAUGCACGGCCGGCAGCUGGUGCACCGCGACAUCAAGCCCGAGAACGUGCUGCUGUUCGACCGCGAGUGCCGCCGCGUGAAGCUGGCGGACUUCGGCAUGACGCGCCGCGUGGGCUGCCGCGUGAAGCGGGUCAGCGGCACCAUCCCCUACACGGCGCCCGAGGUGUGCCAGGCGGGCCGCGCCGACGGGCUGGCCGUGGACGCGGGCGUGGACGUGUGGGCCUUCGGCGUGCUCAUCUUCUGCGUGCUCACCGGCAACUUCCCGUGGGAGGCGGCCUCGGCGGCCGACGCCUUCUUCGAGGAGUUCGUGCGCUGGCAGCGCGGCCGCCUGCCCGGGCUGCCGUCGCAGUGGCGCCGCUUCACCGAGCCGGCGCUGCGCAUGUUCCAGCGGCUGCUGGCGCUGGAGCCCGAGCGGCGCGGCCCGGCCAAGGAGGUCUUCCGCUUCCUGCAGCACCAGCUCACGGCCGAGCUGCGGCGCCGGCCCUCGCACCGCGCCCGCAAGGCCCCGGGCGACCGCGUGCCCCCCGGGCCGCUGCGCCUCGAGGCGCCCGGGCCGCUCAAGCGCACGGUGCUCACCGAGGGCGGCAGCGGCCCCCGGCCCUCGCCCCCCGCCGUGGGGCCUGUACCCGUGCCCGUGCCCGUGCCCGAGGCCGGGCUGGCGCCCCCGGGCCCGCCCGGCAGGACCGACGGCCGCCCGGACAAGAGCAAAGGGCAGGUGGUGCUGGCCACGGCCAUCGAGAUCUGCGUCUGAGCGGCCGCCGCCGCCCUCGGCCGUGCUGGCCCGGUGCGCGCGGCUGGCGGGGCACUGGGGCCGCCCUGGGCCCGCCGGGCCGUGGCCGCGGUGGCCGUGGUGGCGGCCGGCGGGCAGCACCGCCCGGCCCGCGGGGUGGAGAGCGUAGCAGUAGUCUAGGCAGGACGGCGGCCCGGGCCCGUCCAUCCAUCUGAGGGCUGGGGAGACGGACACUGAAGGCCUCUGGCCUGGCCUGUGGGGACACCGGGAGCAAGGGAGCUUGCGGGUGGACCCCCAGCACCUCCCUGAACCCCAGAACCUCGGACCAGUUGCCCCUGGCCCUUCUCACGCCCUGGCAGAUGAUCCCUCAGCCCCACCCCAGUCCUGCCCUCCUGCCCCCUCCACUCCCUGGGCACAGAAGGCGGGGACUGUGGGGCAGAGAAGAGGCUGAGGACCCUGGGCCAGCUGGGGGGAGGACAGUGAGCCGGGAGCAGGGCUGCUCAGCUGCAUCCUGCCGGGUUCCUGGGGGGAAAGGCCAGCCGCUUGCAAAACGUAGCAGAUGUCUGGGUGGUGCAGCCUGUGUGCAGGCACAGGCCUGGGAAUCCAGUGACUCCUCCCGCCUUCUCCGGAUGACACGGAUGACAGGGCGAGGGCAGCUUGCCUUGGGCCACACGGCCACUGAGGGGGGGUGGUCCUGUGCCUCACCCUCCUCCCCAGAGGACAGGAGGGCGCCCAGGGCAGGGGAAUGAGUGUAGAGCUCCAGUCCGGAUCCAGCUCCCCUGCCCGCCGCCUUCCCCAGGCCCAGGGAACACCAGGCCGCCCAGGCCUGGCUGCCCAGCCCAGAGCGCCCUGGCUCCGGUGAGGUGACUGGUGCAGAAAUUUCCCUGGGUCUCUGCUGGGCUUAAAUACGGCAGCCUCGUCCCCGCGUCGCACAUUCUGGUCCUGGGGCGUGAGGACGGGGUCCGAGGAAACGGGAGGGCAUGAGUGUGUGUGACAGGUGUGUGCAGUGUGAGCGAGAGUGCGCGCGUGUGC